CACUCCCAUCAACAACAACAACAAAAAAAAACCCUAACCUUCCCUCCGACAAGAAAACAACAACACCAACUGAUGACCCGACUCGUGAAACGCGAGGCCGCCACGGCACCCGUGAAACGCGAGCCCGCCACCGGAACCGACAAUGUAGCCGCCGCCGCCGAUUUGAGCGACUGCAGAAUUCUCCGUUCUCGGUACCAUGCCGUCCAGAAUCUCAUCCAAGAUGAAGCAGACGAUAUUGGAAGCGCGGAAUCCAACAAGUUCAACACCAUCCUCAACGAGCUCCAGAGCUUGCACGAGCGAGUGAUCAGACCGAGGGAGCAGUUAGCUGACGCAGAGGCUCUGUUGGGGAUUACAAGUUCAUUUGUGAAGGGCGCCAAGCUCAAUUCCAACGCGGUUACGCCUUCCAAAUUCAUCAAUUUCAUACUCAGAGACUUCGCCAGAGCCCAACAAUACAGCCAUAGUGAUAGAACGAGGGCGUCUGUUAACUGGCAAAAGAUUGGAAUUUCAGUUUCACAUAUAUUCAAGCCCUUCCGGGGAUGCUCUACAAUGCUUGGCACAAACAGUGCAGUGAAGCAGAGGAAGCCUGCAGUCAGGAGAGGCCGACGACCGAGCAAACAAUUUGCGUUGCCUAAACAGGUUGAUCCUCACGUCGAGGAAGAAGAGAAGACAGGCACGACUGAUGGAACGAUGCUGACCAUGUUCAGCAUCUUGAGGAAGGAGAGGAAGGUGGAGCUUGAACACCUGGUAUUGAACAGGAGCUCAUUCUCACAGACGGUGGAGAAUUUGUUUGCGUUGUCGUUCCUGGUAAAAGACGGAAGGGUCGAGAUUCAAGUUGAUGAUGAAUCCGGGCGCCAUCUAGUCUCUCCGAGGAAUGCGCCAUCAGCCACUAUGAUUGCCUCCGGCGACGUUUCUUACCGGCAUUUUGUCUUCAAAUUUGACUACAGUGAUUGGCAGUUGAUGUGCUCCUCAGUCGAGGUUGGAAAGGAGCUGAUGCCACAUAGGACUCAAGAAUCCAGCCCAUCUGACUAGAAUCUGAAGGAGCUGAGGCUAGCAGCGCAAAGCCAAAGUAAUCUCUGCUUUUGAGGAUCAUCAUUGUUAAAUAUUCCCAAGUUUAGGCUCUGCAGAAAGCUUAACUACAAAAUGAAUUUUCAUGCUAAAGAUGUUACACAAAGUUGUUAGUUCCCACUGUGUUCGAUUCAACUGAAAUCAGCUAGCUCUCUGCAUAUGUUAAAAUGUUACACAAGUCCAACGAGGA